CUUCAAAUUAUCAUUUCCGGUAAAAACAAAUAAGCAUGUUUUCUAAACAUUUACUGUUUUCACGAUUUAACAGAUUUCUUCGAGGUUCAUCUACUUUAGAACAGUAUGUCAGAAGCCAGUCAAACAGUUAUAUAAUAUCUGAAAAGCUAGAGAAAUUUAAAAACACUGAGACAGUGAAAGAUUCUUAUCAUGAAAAAUUUAAAGCAGAAGAAAAAGACAUGGCAGAAGUUGAUAUACAAAAGGAAGAUGAAAAUAAAUCUGCUAUUCCAAAUACAUCAUCAAAUGCAGAAAAAGUCAGCACUCAGAAAACUGUAAAGUCUACCAGUAGAAAAAAGUUAAAUGUUUUAUUUUCUGAGGAAGAACAAGAAAAGUUUGUCAGUUUAUUUAAUGAAGCUCAUGCAGAACAGUUGGCUCUGAUUAAAAAAUGUGGAAGUUCAAAAGCAAAGAAAAUCAUCAAUUUUCGAGAAGAAAAUGGAGACUUUUCAGAACUGUCAGAUGUACUUAAAGUAGUUGGAAUGGGAGAAAAGAGUCUGAUCGAAAUAUGCCAAACAUUUCAAGAGCAGAUUGCUGGUGGUCCUGUUAUAAAAGAUGAUGGUGAAAUAGAUGAUUCAGAAGGUCAGACAACAAAAAGGACAACAAGUCAUAUUCAUCCACGAUUGUCCCCUGAAUUACGUGAGAACCUACAGAGUGUUGUGACACUAGAUGUAUCAUUUGAACAUGUGACCGUUGCCAAGAUAAAUAGAUAUCUAGAGGUAGAAGAAUGGAAACAGAUAGAUUUAUUUGAUACUUAUGUGCAGAAACUGGAUCAUGUCUUGUUGUUUGAGAGGAUUCAAGCAGCCCUAGAUGAAAUUCCAGAAGGUGACAUCUACUUGAAAGAAGACAAACUUUAUCGUUAUAAAACCCUAAAAGUUGUUCCUAUCUUAACGAACUUAAGAAUUUUAGAAUAUGUGAUCGUAAAUGGGUUAAAUGCGAAAAAUGGUGGGAAUGUUGUACAUCUAAUGAAACCCAAAACUAUGGAUAAAAUAUUUCAACUUCAAGUGGGAAAUGAACGAAUAUGUGCCAAACCAUUUGUGUUGGACAUGUACAGGAAGAAAUUAACAGGAAAAAAUAAAACGCUGAAUGACGUAACUAUUUCAAGAGAACUAAUGGAUGAAUAUUUAUCUAAAAAAGAUAUUGACAAGGACAAACUGAACAAAAGUUUGCUUCUGGGACUCGCAUUUUAUAAAUUGAUUAUGGGUCAGCAUAUUUAUACUUUAUAAAUCAAAUCAUAAGAUAUCAAAUCACU